AUUUGACACGCUCCUUUCGCCGUUCCAGAUUGAUCCAGAAAGCGAGUCCCGUCCAGACGGGCCCGAAACUCACCGACAAAAACGACGUGAUGACAGUGAAGUGGCUGUUCAACGCCGUCGAGGAGCUGAAGACCGAAGUGGCCGAGGUCCAGGACGCCCUCAAUUCCUCGAGGGCCCUGCAGGACGCCGAACGCACCGAGGCGCAGCUGGCGCUGAUGAGGAGCGACGUUUCCAAUCUCUACGUCGAAUUGGAGAAUGCCCGGAUAAGGAAUGCUAAAUACGAAGCCGAUAUCCAGGUGCUGAAGGACGAGCUGAAGGGCGAACGAGCCGGCGCCAGGACUACGGCGGAGAUGUGCGGAAAACUCAAAAAUCAGUUAAAAGAGGCUCAGCUGGAAUGGAAUCAAAACUGGAGGAUUCUGAACGAAAAAUCUCCACUACUGGAAAAUGAAAUAUCUCCCUAUCAACCUCAUCCAUCCAGGCACCAGAGGAUCCUGCGACAGCACGUCGUGCGGCUGGAAAAGAGCACGAAAACCCUACACAAAGAAAACUACUCGCUCAAAUCCCAGCUGCUCAAACUUCAGGACGACAUGAAAGAGCUGCAAAAGCGCCUGAACUGGAAAGACGAACUGGAAACUCUACGAAAGGAAAAACACGGUGACAACGUAAACGUAAACGCCAGCUUAAACAAACUGAUGGAAAUUCAAAGCGCGCAAAAUGCGAACAUAACGAACUUGACGCGGCAAAUGUCGAAUUUCGAUAAACUCCACCUAUCCAUGCUGGAGCUGCUGGAGAACGUCGAAACGAUCGAAAACAAAGUCGAUAAAACCUUGCCGGAAUUCAGGAAAGAGAUAUCCAAGUUGGAGAUACAAGUGGCCGAGAGCAAGUCGGCGAUAUCGAUGUUCAAAGAGGAUCAGAAAAACAGCAUCGACUCGAUGAAGGCGAUCGGAUUCACCGUAUCCACCAUGCAAGAUAAAACCGGCGAGGAUCACGAGAAACUUAUUCGAAUCGAUGAAAUGGUUAAGAACUUGCUAAAGUCUACUGCCAUUCAAACGUCCAAACUUCACGAUCAUAUUUUGAAGGAAGAAUCAAGUUCGAUCAACGUAAACGCCACCAAAGCCACCAUCCACCUGGUGCAAGAACUGAAAUCCUUCGAAAGCGAAUACAAAAGCAUCGUCAACAAGCUCCCCCGGGACUGCGGCAGCGUCGACGGCCCCGCCGGCCUCUACCUCAUCUCGCCCGGCGACAGCGAGCCCAUACUGGCCCGCUGCCAGGACGGCUGGACCACCGUCCAGCAGCGCCGCGACGGCUCCGUCGACUUCAACCGCAACUGGAACGAGUACUCCAACGGCUUCGGCUCCGCCACCGGCGAGCACUGGCUGGGCAACGCCAAUCUGCACCGCCUCACCGCCGCCAAUUGCUCCCGGCUGCAGAUCAACAUGCGCGACAUCUACGGCGAACGCUGGCAGGCCAACUACGACGACUUCAGGGUGGCCGAUUACGCGUCGGGCUUCCGGCUGUUCAUCGACCGGUACCACGGCAACGCCAGCGACGCCUUCGCCUACCAGAACCUCAUGGAGUUCUCGACGGUGGACAACGACCGGGACAUAUCUAACACGCACUGCGCGAGCAACUACGAGGGCGGCUGGUGGUUCUCGCAUUGCCAGCACGCCAAUUUGAACGGACGGUACAACCUGGGGUUGACGUGGUUCGACAGCUCCAGGAACGAAUGGAUCGCGGUGGCCGAUAGCGAGAUGCGCAUCAAACGGAGGGAUGUUUGUUGAUGGAUCAAUCUAAUGCCCAAAGAUCAAUUCUUGAUAAUAGCGGCUAGCGUCUGGUGGUGACGUCACGAGAUGAAUUAUUGAAUGCACUAUAUGAUUGAAAAUGAAAGGUCGUGAUGUCAUCGCUAGGCUAACGUGAUUGCAUUAUAUUACCAUGAGGUAAUCCGGAUACCAAAAGGAAUUGCAACGAUUGGCCUUUGAAUUUAUGCACUUAAUUUUACCGAGAAAAUGAUGGAAAAUUCACUUUAUUGUAAAGGGAUCUAAUACUCUUUAAAUUAUUUUUUAAGGUCUAAUAUUAGUGCAUAUUUCUCACGUGGCAAAUUUUAUUGUUAUGAAAAAAUAUGCACUAAUACUGUAUACAAAGAUAUCCAAAUAAAAAGAAAUUUUCAUCAUUUCUAGCCAGUACGAGGACCAAAGAAACUAACUAGUGUUUAAUAUUAAAAUCGUAUUGUAAAUAACGUUAAGUUAUCGCCAUACUAGACAUGUAUAAAUUUGUAAAUAUUAUUCUUAUUUAUUGCGACUAAUUAGGUUAUAGAAUAAAAAAACCAAUGACUAUGUAGUUAUUUUGUAGCAAAAAUUUAUUUUCAAUAAAAUCAUACAUUCGAACUGGUGUGUUUAAAUUUAAAUCAAAUUUAACUGGUAGGGAAACAACGCAUUAAUAAUUUAACAGACAGAAAAGUAAUCAAUUUUCAUGUUAAUAUUUACAAGAACAUUAAUUCUCAAAUUUUAUAAAGGUUGACGAUUCAUUUAUUUACAGUGCUUUUAUUCAAAUUACACAGCCAAAUAGGUGUUUUAAAAAUUUAAAUAUUGAAAAAAACUAAUAUUAGUUACAAAUAGAAUUAAGAAAAAGAAGGAACUUUAAGAUCACGAUAAGUGUUAGUUUGUAUAGCAAUUGAUCUAUGUAUAAGAGAAGCGUAUAGAAAAUAUAAAAUGUCCGAUAAAAAUAUGACAAUAAAUAAAAUCCAUAUCUAAUAAAUAAAAAAACUCAUUUUCCGAUAGCCGGCUGAAAUUUAGAAUUUAUGGCACGGCUUAUGUCGAAAUUGCCGAUUAAACACUUACAAUUAAUUACCUACCAAAAAUAUGCUUACUUCAAAGACAUACAAAACCUUGGCUUUUAAAGGAAUACAAUUUAAUUGACACACUUUUAACACUGUUUAUUGCUAACGUAUGCGAUCAUGGGCUGAAACAAUGAUACAUAAAAAUAGUAAUUAGGCAAACAGAACGUUUCAGCAAAUAUUUUUAUAUUUCCAAUUUAAACCUCUAAAUAAUACUUGUAGUAUUGUUUAGCUUGAUCGCAAGAAAAUCAUCUGAAUUAAUAUCUUUAUCCCUUUAAAAUCAUCUUAAUUUAUCUUCGUAAUAUUUACAUAAGAUAAGUUUUUUUUAAUAACUAUUUGCCUUACUGAUAAGUUAAAAAAUUUGAUAAUUGCCUUAAAAUUAUUCCACUCGAAUUUAGAAUUAUUUUUAGUAAGUUUUUAAAACUUAAUUAAUUUUUAGAUAACUUAAUACAACACAGGAAAGCUACAAGCAAAUAUUCACUGGCCCAUAAAGAAUUAGGAUCACAUUUUACAAAAUAUGUUAAGUUAUUUUGUAUAAAUGAAACAUGUUAUAUUAAACUGGUAACAUUGAAGAAUUCAAACAACUCAAUAAAUUUAAAUUGAAUUGCAUACUGUAAAUUUCUCCUAAAAUUAUCGAUUCAUACACGCAAAUUACAGUGCCCAAGAUUUUAAUAAUCGCACAACCAGAAUCGGAUGAUAUUGUACAAAACUUAAAAAAUAUGUACAUAUUUUACAGGUAUGCUCUCAUUCAUGUCAAUCCCCAUAGGCUAUACAAUUUCAGUCUUGCUAUCCGAUACAGCUACAGGUGCAUAAGAAACGGAUUCCUUUCUUCUGAACGUAACGUAAGUGUACACAAUACUCCCCAACACGCUUAUGUUUAUGCCGACGAAAUUCUCCCACGAAAAUAUAUAAUCGCCCCCUAUUACCAUGCCCAAGUACGUUACACAAAUAUUCUUCAACGUUCCGAUAAUAGUAGUCGUUAAGGCCGAAUUGUAAUAUGUACAUAACACUACACUAUACGAUAAAAUAAAGCCCAUUACACACGACAGCAAAAACUGCGUGGUAAACAACAAGUUAUCCCAUGAUUUGUAAUUAUAGGCCGCGUGGAUAUCUCCUGAAUAAUAGGCGAAUAGUGUAGCGGGAAUUAUCAUAAACAACGAGUUAUAGUACAUCAAUCCGUAUUUCCCCAAUUCUUUGGAAUCCAAUUUCUUCUUCAUGUAGACUCCGUUCGUAGCGGUGAAGAAGUUAUUAAGGAAUAUAAACAGGUAGCCUCUUACUGUAAAAGCGAGAUCAUUCGUGGCGGCUACUAUGGCACCCAGGAUCAUCGUAUAUACACUAAAUUGUACACUAAACGUAGGCUUGAUUCCCAAUAUAUACAGCUCGAGAACCAUCGUCAUCAGUAUCGAGAAUCUUCUUAAAGCUGUGAACAUCGGAAGGCUCAACUCUUUGGUACCGCCGAGCCCGAAGAACAUGUUUCCAAUGUAAAUCAGAGGCAGAGGGAAUAUUUUACCAAACGUGUUGAAUUCCAAGCUAGGAAAGGUAACCAAACGAAUUUUCUUAGCCACGAACAGUACAAAUAUCGUCGCCAGCAUUUGCCCAAUGCCCAGCACUUGAAACGACGGAAAUCCAUACGUUGUUAGUACUAUUUUAUUUACAACUGUUAUCAUAAAAGAGGCAAUCCCGUAAAAUAGCGCUGAGGAUAUUUUUCGCCAGAAUAAAGUGUGCUCGUUGAGUUCCUCUUGCGUGCGAUGCAUGAUUUUGUUUACUUACACGACAGCACUGAACACUAGAAAUUUUAACAUCGCUGCUUUGUGGCUGAAUUUUGACUGAAAUUCUUAUUUGAAAUCAGAUAAUGAUAUCAUUCUAACCGCCUUGGCCCACACAGUCACACACAAGCAAG